AUGGCACUUCCUCGUCGCGUGCUGGAUGGAAUGCAAGAGCUCCUGCACAAGGAGCCUGAGAAGUUGGUGAAGACCGUGCAGUCCUGCCUGGACUUUUUGACGGAGCACGGCAUGGUCACGACCAUGAAGCUGCCCCCACUGGCAGUUGGAGUCCACCCUUCCAACCGGGACGGGUGUGGAGUGAACCCAUCUGACGUUCACGAGCUCAUCGACAACAUCAGUGGCGUUGGAUGGGUGGAUUCGAAAGUGAAUGGCAUAGCAGUUGAGGUUGAGGAUUCGCACCGGAACUUCAACCAGCAGAUCUGCUUGGCGGCGGCUGGUGCCUUGGGGACGGUGGAUUCCAUGGCCUUGAAAGCGGUUACGCUAUGUGGGAGUCACACCAAUUAUGCACUUCGCCUGAUCGUGCAGGAGGUUGCGCAUGAAGGAGGCGCACUCACCCAGGACGGCAAACUGAGCCUGAGCUUGGUCCAGAAGCACGACCAGGCUUUCUACAAAGCCGCUACUACCGGCAUUACGUUCAAGGUGCUGAACAAGGAGGUCGCCCGUCAAUGGCCGGACCUCCUGCCAAUGAUCCAGCAGUAUGGCAAUGCAAGUUUACAGAAACAAGAGCACGAACUUCAGAUGUUGUGCCGCCUGCAUGCUUUGUACGUGGCCCAACAUGCAAAAGGGGGCGCAGUGUCGUUCGCUGAGAUCAAACGGAAGGCUUUGCAAAGUCGACCGCCUUGCGCUGCUGCAGUGCCAGCUUUGUACAGCUUUGUUCUCAAAGCUAGUGGUGGCAGUACAGGUGAGCUCCUCAAGGAGACAGAGCGUUUCGUGAGACAGCGAUGUUCUUCGGCGAGGUCGUUGGGGGCAGAUCUUUGGGAGGUCUUGGCUCAUGAGCCUAAAGGUUUCGCUUCUUCUGGCUCUUUGGCCUUGUUCAGACAUGCAAUGGUGAAGCUGGCCUACUCGUCGAAGAAGAUGGGCAAGGCCGAAUGCAAGAAGAUGUUCAGUCAGGACAUCAAGCGUGAUGUGGUCACGGCAGAUGCUUUGAUGAACGAACUUCGUUCACUGGCAAGGCACCACGCAGAUCCGAGUACUCCACAGGUGUUCAUUGCCCAAGGCUUGACUGACCAGAUGUUGGCAAGCUUUGCCAUCAAGCUUCGUCUUCCAGACGAAAAGCUAUAUGAAUCGUUCGAUGAGAUUUGCCAUGACUUUGUCCUGGUCUUGAGGCACAUGACUGGCCAGCCUGUCCCUUCUCGAUGGGAGGCAGGUUUGAAGGAAGAGGAGAAGGCCAAGGUCAAAGAGAGUGAUUCUCAGGCCUCCCUGCGGGAGCUGAAAGAAGAUGGAACCUUCAAGGAUCCGGCCAAGGUGCUUGCUGAGAUGGGGUUCCCGGUCGGAUCGCACAUUCGCCGCAAGAGUGACAAGACAGAGGCCGUGAUCACGGAAGUGGUGGAAGACAAUGUGAAAGUCUCGAUUGAUGGAGGCUUCUUCAAAGUCAACAUCAAGGAGUCAACUGUAUUGCAAGAUCUUGCCCAGUACGCCACGAGCCAGAGCUGGAACUACGAGGCCUCUUUGACUGCUGCCAAGAUCACUUUGGAACUUGAGGACCUCUCGAAGAAGUACAAGCAGGAUCAAUGGCACGCCCUUGAGCUUCAACUGAAGCCAGGCAAGGUUUUGCAGGUCGUACAGCCCAUCCAGAAGCACAAGCUCAUCUUGGCGCCAACAACUUCAAAAGUCAUGUUCAAGUGGGAGGGGGUUCCUGCCGCUGGCGUGAAGGUUGAGACCGACUGGGAGGAUGCUUGCUCUUUCUUCCUGCUCGCAGAUUCCAAGUUGCCAGGAGAUGAUGAGCCAGAAGAUCCAAAGGAUUGCAGCUUCUGCCCGUACUUCAGCGUGGAGAAGACCAGCAAGGAGGACGAGUCCAACAUGGAGGUGUUCUGGGCCCAUGGGCGAGACAGUACUUUGAGGUUUCCUCUUCUCCGCAACACGAGGAAGCUCGAGACUGGAGAGCGGCUGAUGAUUUGGCAGGAGAAAGUGUCUCAGGCAGUGGAGCCUCUUGCUGCAGCUUCACCGGCCAAGCGGCCUGCACCGGAAGGCGGCCGCGCCAAGAAGAGGAGCAAGUGA